UGCGCCGAAACGUUCGAGGAUUUAAAAUAGGAGUAGCUAGUUAGUGAAUGGCCUGUCUCCGAGUGACUAGUCGUGGUUAAGAAGUGUGGCUGUCCGUUGUUUAACUGGGUUGCAAGUUGGGACGGAUAGGCUGGCGUUUAGAUAAAGAUAGAUCAGGACAAUGCAGCAGAAUCAUAGUGAAGAGGAUGAGGAUGUGGAGUAUCAGAAAAAGAACACCAAUACUCUGCCAUUAUGGGGAAAUGAAAAGACAAUGAACCUGAACAAUCUAGUCCUCACAAACAUCCAGUCUUCACACUAUUUCAAAGUGAAUUUGUUCGAAUUCAAAACGUACCAUGAAGUUAUCGACGAGAUCUACUACAAUGUGAACCAUCUUGAGCCCUGGGAGAAGGGUAGCAGGAAGACAGGAGGACAAACUGGGAUGUGUGGAGGGGUGCGCGGCGUUGGCGUGGGCGGCAUCGUCUCCACAGCCUUCUCCUGCCUCUACAAGCUGUUCACUCUCCGCCUGACCCGCAAGCAGGUGAACGGCCUGCUACAUCACACCGACUCACCGUACCUGCGGGGCCUGGGCUUCAUGUACCUCAGGUACACGCAGCCGCCGGCGGACCUUUGGGGCUGGUUUGAGCCGUACCUGGAGGACGAGGAGAUGAUCGACGUCAGGGCUGGAGGCGGCGAGGAGAUGACCGUCGGCGUCAUGGUGCGCAAGAUGCUGGUCAAGCUGGACUGGUACGGCACGCUGUUCCCCCGCAUCCCCGUGCCGAUCCAGAUGAAGGUCCAGAAGCUGCUGAAGGAGCGUUUCCCGGCGAUCGGGGGACCGCAGGCAGGCGAGACGCCGGUGGCGCGGCCGGUGGCCCCUGCCGAGCGGCCCUCGCCGCGCGAGCGCAGCCCCGGCCGGGACCAGAACAGGGCGCCACAGGCACGCGACAUCGCCGAGGAGAUUGCCAUGGAGAAGGAGCGCAUCCGACGCGAACGCGACCCGGACGCCGGUGCCCGGGAGGGGCGCGGCGGCAGCCGGGGCCGCGAGCACCAGGACGGCCGCGGCCGCGAGCGGCGCGACAGCCGGAGUCGAGACCGCCACGAUGGCAGAAGUCGAGACCAUCACGACAAUCGGAGUCGAGACCACCACGACAGUCGGAGUCGAGACCACCACGACAGUCGGACUCGAGACCACCACGACAGCAGGAGUCGAGACUACCAGGACAGUCGAAGUCGAGACCACCAGGACAGUCGAAGUCGAGACCAUCAGAACGCAGGAGCCGCGACCAGCAGGAGAGGCCGCGGGACCGCCAGCGAAGCCGGAGCCGCUCCCGGGAGCGCCGACGCCGCCGUAGCCGCGAACGGCCCGGCAGCAACCCGUGUUGUGCGUGCGGACUGGGCCGACCGCGCCUCGGACGCGAUGGUGGUCCGCGGCUCGCGGCCGUGA